GUGCCCGGGGCCCUGCCUGCAGAGGAGACAGGUAUAUGCUGGUCACUUUCGAAGAGCCGCCCUAUGCUAUCAAGGCUGAAUGGAAAGAAAACCAUGCAACGUUUAUGAAUGAACUGAAAAACCUUCAGGCUGAAGGACUUACGACUCUUGGCCAAUCCCUAAGGACAGCUUUUGAUUUAUUAAAUUUAAAUAGAUUAGUAACUGGCAUAGACAACUAUGGGCAGAGAAGAACCCCUUUUUUCUUGAAGUCAGAAAUAAUUAUCACAGUUAUUGAUGGGAGCAAGUUGACCAUCACCAGUGGAGUCCAGGAUGAGCUUCAUUUACCUCUUAAUUCUCCUUUGCCUGGAAGUGAAUCGACCAAGGAACCUUUUCAUUGGGAUCAGAGACUCUGUGCAUUAGUGUUGCGGUUGCCCGGCACCAUGUCAGUAGAAUCAGAACAGUUGACAGGUGUGCCUUUAGAUGACUAUGCAAUCACACCAAUAUGUGAAGUGACAGGCAGCCAUUCAUAUUUUGUGUGUUCUCCAAGAACACUUAAUCAGUGUCUAGAGUCCUUGGUGCAGAAAGUACAAAGUGGGGUGGUAAUAAACUUUGAAAAAGCAGGACCAGAUCCUUCCCCUGUAGAAGAUGGGCAGCCAGAUAUUUCAAGGCCUUUUGGAUCUCAGCCUUGGCAUAGCUGUCACAAACUUGUAUAUGUCAGACCAAAUCCUAAAACUGGGAUUCCUAUAGGUCAUUGGCCUGUUCCAGAGUCUUUUUGGCCAGAUCAAAAUUCUCCAGCACUACCACCUCAUACAUCUCAUCCUGUAGUGAAGUUUUCCUGUACAGACUGUGAACCAAUGGUUAUUGAUAAACUUCCUUGUGACAAAUAUGAGUUGGAACCUUCACCACUGACUAAAUUUAUCCUGGAAAGGAAAUCUCCUCAAACAUGUUGGCAGGUGUAUGUGAGCAAUAGUGCAAAAUAUAGUGAACUUGGUCAUCCUUUUGGUUACUUGAAAGCCAGUACAGCACUGAACUGUGUCAACUUAUUUGUGAUGGCUUACAAUUAUCCAGUCCUUCUUCCCCUCUUAGAUGACUUGUUUAAAGUGUGUAAGGCAAAACCAACAUUGAAGUGGAGACAGUCAUUUGAAAGUUGUUUGAAGACAAUGCCUCCUUACUAUCUCGGGCCCUUGAAGAAAGCUGUUAGUAUUAUGGGAGCACCUAACCUAAUAGCAGACAGUAUGGAAUACGGACUUAGUUACAGUGUCAUUUCACACCUCAAAAAACUGAGUCAACAAGCCAAAAUAGAAUCUGAUCGAGUCACUGGAUCUGUAGGCAAAAAUGGUAGUACAGGAAACUGGAAUAAAACUCCGGAGCUGAUCACAUGGUUUAUCAAUGGCAUAUAGGGAAGAUUUUCAACAACUCCUCCAGGGAAUUUCAGAGGAUGUCCCUCACAGACUGCUAGACCUUAAUAUGAAGGAAUACAUUGGGUUCCAAGUCGCUUUGCUGAAUAAGGAUUUGAAGCCACAGACAUUUAGAAAUGCUUAUGACAUACCAAGAUGAAAUCUUUUGGAUCACUUAACAAGAAUGAGAUCUAAUCUUUUGAAGCACACUUGCAGAUUUCUUAAAGGACAGGAUGAAGAUCAGUGCACAGUGUUCCUAUAGCACAAAUGGGGAACUACCAGAAAUACCUCAAGCAAGUACCUUCUCCACUAAGAGAACUUAAUCCUGAUCAGCCACAAAGGUUGCAUACAUUUGGCAACCCCUUUAAGCUGGAUAAGAAGGGUAUGAUGAUAGAUGAAGCAGAUGAAUUUGUGGCUGGACCUCAAAAUAAACAUAAACGACCUGGAGAACCAAAUAUGCAAGGGAUCCCUAAAAGACAUUGGUGUAUGUCUCCACUA